AUGUCCAAUCUAGCCUUAUUGACAAUCGGCAUUUAUUUCCUACUCAACCUCGUUGUUACCCUAACCAACAAGCAAGUGGUGUCAGAAACCUCAUGCCCGUAUCUUCUUACAGCGACACAUGUUUUGUGUACCUUGAUAACCACAGACCUCAUUUCAUCAUUCUCAAAUAAACCCAUCGACCAUCCCGAACGAACCUGGCGCACGAGGUUCACCACCUUAAGCUUUCAGGCCCAUACCAUCCUGGUCUGCUUCUCUCUCCUGUACACCAUCAACAUUGCCAUUUCCAACCUCAGUCUCGGACUUAUCAGUCUCUCACUACAUCAAACGAUUCGCGCCACAGCACCAGCCAUCACAGUGUUGCUCUCGAUAACUCUGCUCAGACGCCCUCUCAGCUCCUACUCCUUAUCGACCUACCUCAGUCUUGUGCCAAUCAUUGCUGGCGUCAUUUUCGCAACCACCCUGCCCACCCUUGACGAUUCCGCAUCACAUGGACAAGAAACCCCAUCGUUCAAUGGGAUCAUCAUCACCCUCAGUGGCGCCGUUCUCGCUGUCCUCAAAACAAUACUCACCAACACACUGCAAAGCAAGCGAACGCCACCUCGCACCGCACGGCCAGCCUCAAGUUUGGAUUUAAGCCUGAAUCUGUCACCAACGACCCUUAUCCGCUACACCGCGCCCUUCGCGGUCAUUCAAGCACUGCUGCUCGCCUGGUGGGCUGGGGAGAUUCCGAGACUCCAUCGAGUCAUCGUCCGUAAUCUAGGGAAUGCCAUACCUGCCGCUACCAACGGCAGGGUUCUUGCCAUCACAGCGAUCAAUGUCUUCGCCGCGGGUAUGUUGAACAUCGCAUCCUUCGAGGCAAACCGGCGCUGCGGACCGCUGGCGAUGGCUGUCGUGGCGAACUUGAAGCAGGUCAUGAUUCUGAUCAUUGCACUGUGGGUCAAGGACGAUGAUGGAGGUUGUGGUUGGAGAGUCGUGCUCGGGGCGCUGAUGACGGUCGUUGGGGGUGCUUGGUUUGCUUGCGCGCAGUGGAAAGGGGAGAGAGGGGAGAAGGACAGGGAAAGUAUCCCUAGGUAG